ACAGGACAGCGGUGUGGAGGAGCGGCAGCACUAGCAUUAGCAUUAGCUCUCGGACCGGCAGCGCGGAGCGUCAGAGUUUCUACUUUAUUAAAGAAUAAAUCUCCGCUUUCUACACUUUCUGCUCACUGAUUUACACCUGCUGUAACGUUCCUGUGCGGCACCGCGCAGCCUGCUGUGAGCACAGCGGCGCAGAGACCCCGACCAGCUUCCCCUCUGAGAGACGGCAUUGCGCGCGCUCGGUAUUAGCAUUAGCAGUUAGCAGUAGCGAUAGCAUAUUGGAGCCGCGAUGGAGCUAAUCACUAUACUGGAGAAAACCGUCUCUCCAGAUCGAAAUGAGCUGGAGGCGGCACAGAAGUUUUUGGAGCAAGCAGCCAUUGAGAAUUUGCCUACUUUCCUGGUGGAGCUCUCCAAGGUGUUGGCCAACCCCGGGAACACGCAGGUAGCUCGAGUUGCCGCUGGUCUGCAGGUGAAGAACUCGCUCACGUCUAAAGAUCCUGAUGUGAAGGCGCAGUAUCAGCAGAGAUGGCUGGCCAUCGACGCCAACGCUCGCAGAGAGAUCAAGAACUACGUGCUGCAGACUCUGGGUACGGAGACGUACAGGCCGAGCUCGGCGUCUCAGUGCGUGGCGGGUAUAGCGUGUGCCGAGAUCCCGGUGAGCCAGUGGCCGGAGCUGAUCCCUCAGCUGGUGGCCAACGUGACCGACCCCAGCAGCACGGAACACAUGAAGGAGUCCACGCUGGAGGCCAUCGGGUACAUCUGCCAGGACAUCGAACCAGAGCAGCUUCAGGACAGCGCCAAUCAGAUCCUCACCGCCAUCAUUCAGGGCAUGAGGAAAGAGGAGCCCAGCAACAACGUUAAACUGGCCGCCACCAACGCCUUGCUCAACUCGCUGGAGUUCACCAAAGCCAACUUCGACAAAGAGACGGAACGACACUUCAUCAUGCAGGUGGUGUGUGAAGCCACACAGUGUCCGGACAACAGGGUGAGGGUGGCUGCGUUACAGAACCUGGUGAAGAUCAUGUCCUUGUAUUAUCAGUACAUGGAGACCUACAUGGGGCCUGCGCUCUUCGCCAUCACAAUUGAAGCCAUGAAGAGCGACAUCGAUGAAGUCGCCUUACAGGGAAUCGAGUUCUGGUCCAACGUGUGUGACGAGGAGAUGGACUUGGCCAUCGAAGCCACUGAGGCGUCGGAGCAGGGUCGACCACCAGAGCACACCAGCAAGUUCUACGCCAAAGGAGCUUUACAGUACCUGGUUCCCAUUCUCACACAGACCCUCACCAAGCAGGACGAGAACGACGACGACGACGACUGGAACCCGUGUAAAGCCGCCGGCGUGUGUCUGAUGCUGCUGGCGACCUGCUGUGAGGAUGACGUGGUGCCGCACGUCCUUCCCUUCAUCAAAGAGCACAUCAAGCACCCGGACUGGCGCUACAGGGACGCCUCGGUCAUGGCCUUCGGGUCCAUCCUGGAGGGGCCUGAUCUCAACCAGCUCAAACCUCUGGUCAUCCAGGCCAUGCCCACGCUGAUCGAGCUGAUGAAGGACCCCAGUGUGGUGGUGAGGGACACCACGGCCUGGACGGUGGGGCGCAUCUGUGACCUGCUGCCUGAAGCUGCUAUUAACGAGCUGUACCUGAACCCUCUGCUGCAGUGCCUGAUUGAGGGAUUGGGGGCGGAGCCACGCGUCGCUUCAAACGUCUGCUGGGCGUUCUCGAGUUUGGCUGAAGCUGCGUACGAGGCCACUGAUGCUGCUGAGGAUCAGGAGGAACCGAGCACCUACUGCCUCUCCUCAUCGUUUGAGCUCAUCGUCCAGAAGCUUCUGGAAACCACUGACCGGCCGGACGGACACCAGAACAACCUGCGCAGCGCGGCGUACGAGGCGCUGAUGGAGAUCGUGAAGAACAGCGCCAAGGACUGUUACCCUGCGGUGCAGAAGACCACGCUGGUCAUCAUGGAGCGCCUGCAGCAGGUCCUGCAGAUGGAGUCUCACAUCCAGAGCACGUCCGACCGGAUCCAGUUCAACGACCUGCAGUCUCUCCUGUGCGCCACACUGCAGAACGUCCUGAGGAAGGUGCAGCACCAGGACGCCCUGCAGAUCUCCGACGUGGUCAUGGCUUCUCUACUGCGCAUGUUCCAGAGCACGGCCGGCUCGGGCGGGGUGCAGGAGGACGCCCUGAUGGCCGUCAGCACUCUGGUGGAAGUUCUGGGAGCUGAUUUCCUAAAAUACAUGGAGGCCUUCAAACCUUUCCUGGUUAUCGGACUAAAGAACUAUCAGGAAUAUCAGGUGUGUCUGGCGGCCGUGGGUCUGGUGUGUGAUCUGUGCCGAGCCCUGAUGACCAACGUUCUGCCUUACUGUGAUGAAAUCAUGCAGCUGCUGCUGGAGAACCUGGGUAAUGAGAACGUGCACCGGUCGGUGAAGCCUCAGAUCCUCUCCGUGUUCGGUGACAUCGCUCUGGCUAUCGGAGGGGAGUUCAAGAAAUAUCUGGAGGUGGUGCUGGACACACUGCAGCAGGCGUCUCAAGCUCAGGUGGACAAGACUGAUUACGACAUGGUGGAUUAUCUGAACGAGCUGCGUGAGGGGUGUCUGGAGGCUUACACAGGAAUCAUCCAGGGCCUGAAAGGAGACCAGGAGAACGUGCACCCGGACGUGAUGCUGGUCCAGCCGCGUGUGGAGUUCAUCCUGUCCUUCAUCCACCACAUCGCAGAGGACGAGGAUCACUCGGACGGAGUGGUGGCUAACGCCGUCGGCCUCAUCGGUGACCUGUGCACGACGUUCGGUAAGGACGUGAUCAAGCUGGUGGAGGUUCGUCCUCAGAUCAACGACCUGCUCACCGAGGGACGGAGAUCCAAAACCAACAAAACCAAAACUCUCGCCACGUGGGCCACCAAGGAGCUCCGCAAGCUCAAGAGUCAGGCCUGAUCUUGACCGGUGAGGGGACUCGAACACACCGUGAGAAAAGCGGCCGAAUGGAGUUGUGUGUUGUUUUUGCACGCGCGAGUGGGAGCAGAAGAGUGUGUGUGUGUGUGUUUGCGCUGAGAGACCGAGUGUGUGUGUGUGUGGGCGUGCGAGAGUGCGAAUGAUCGAGUGUGUGAGAGAGAGAGAGAGAACGAGUGAGCCUGACGAAUGAGAUCACACCACCUUCUGAGUUUGGAUUCCAGCAGUCAGAAGAAGGCAGACGAAAAUCAAACAGCAGCGCCUCCCCCCACCCCCACCCCCACCCCCGUAUCCUCUCAUCCUAAAUCCCCCUGUACCCACGCCCUCCUCUGUCCCCCCCCCCCCCCCCCCCCCCGAUCCUCCUCCUGAGCACUUUUCUCUUCACCUGUGGACUCUGUACGGACUAAACGGACGCUGGUAGCACUCUGUAGGCUCUUAUUAAUCCGGGAUUAAUCAGCCCGGCCGAGAGGGAGCGGGCGAGACCGGGGAGUGGCGGGGCGUGGCGCGGCGCCCCCCGGAUGGACUACUCCAUUACUUUGUACAGUGGAUCUGUGAAGCCCCUCCCACUUUUCCUUUCCAUUUCCUGGCACUUGUAUGAACGUAAAGCACUCUGACUGAAGCUGAACCCAUUAGAGACGAGACCGCCGGCUGCUGGGGGGCGAGCGACGGCCGACCGUGUGAGUGCGUGUGAGUGAGGGAGGGGGGUUCGGCUGUAACUACCCCUUUCGCCCCGCCCUCUUUCAGUUCUUUCAGCUAACGCGAGAUGAUUGGUAGCUCUUAACGCUGUACUUCUGCGUCCAGAGGGGGGGGGACUAUUGGCUUUCAGCACUUCCAAAAUAAUAAGAGAUAUUUAAAAAAAUAAAUAAAGAAAUAAGAAGCAGCUGCUCUUCCCUCCAAUCACUGAAAUGUUCCAUUUUCUUUUGUUUUGUUUUGUUUUGUUUUUUUAUGUUUUCUUCUCGUCCUCUGAGACCUUUAUCUUCAGACGUCUCGGCUGAUGGAGACUCGAGAUCUGUCGCCGUUUGAGCACUUGGGGUUUUACACGAAGGCAUCGACACCGACGUCUCCUGAUGAAUUUUACUGCAGUGCCAAAAAAAAUGCAUCGAAUAAAAGUGGAAAAAAAAUACAAAUAAAAAUAGUUGAGCUGUUUGACUCGGGUUCUCGCCCCUGUUUAGCGUUUUGCUGCACUCGGUUGGGAGAAGGGAGACUUGUUUAAAAAUGAGAGAGAAUCAGAUGUUUGUAUAAGGUUUAUAUUUUUCCAUUGCUCUGAGAGAACCCACAAUAAAACCAUAUGAAACAUUCCCCAUCA